AAGUGAUCAAGUAAUAUGUGCACAAGUACAAUACAUUAAUCACAAUAAUAAUUUCCAGGUCUUUUAACACCCUAUGAAUUGUUCUUCAAUCAUCUUCGACUUAAUCAUUUAAAAGCUAUCAAAUCAAUUUGUCAUAUACGACAAUGUAUAUUAUAAUUACAAUAUAUAUUCUAUUGUAACAUAGUGUUAUAUUAUAGCGUAUGUACAAAAAAGAUACUAUGACGUGUAUUAUUAAAUGUUGUGUAAACUUUAAGUGACGAAUAUUACUUGGGAUAAAGAAAUGGAUGCGCCGAGUGACUCGAGUUUGUAUAGGUUAGAGGGGACGGAGAAGAAUCAGGCAGGAGGCUUGAUUAUUCGGAAGAAACCCUCUGAUCACACGUUUAAGAAGCCCCAGGUGUCUGUGUUGGGUCUCGACAAGCUUGCGAAACGGAAGAGGCAAGAGAAUUCGCAGGAAGGCAACUCGACCAGAUCUGAGUCGAGUUCGUCGAACUCAGAAGUUAAAGAAAGAAAGUACAGAUCUUACGCUGAAGAAACUCCAACUCAUACCGGCGGAGUGAACACCGAGGCACAACAAAGAUUGGAAGCACGGUUAAAGCAUCAAAGACUAAGCGCGCAAGACAAACAUUAUAAGCAUAAUUACAAGAACAAAAAUAGGAACAGGGAUAGGGAUCAAGAUAGAGACAGAGACAAAUAUAGAGACAGGGACAGAGAAAGAGAAAGGAGUAGAAGCAGAGACAGCAUUAGAGACAGUAGUAGACAAACACCUUUAAGAUUUAAGGAUGAACCUCAGACUCCGGUAUUUAAAACAAAGGACUCAACAUCUAAAAGUAAUUGGGACGAUGAUGAAGAUGAAGAACCAAGAAAAUCCAGUUGGGAUCAUCCAACGCCCAAUCUUUAUAAUACCAGAGAUGGUCGAGACAGUAUUAGAAGUGAAUUUACGCCAUCGUACAAGUAUAACUCAUGGAAUAGAGAUCGAAAAGCCAGCGGUGCUACGCCUAGUAUAGAUGGAGAAGAAAAAGAGUUGUGGGAAGAAGAACAACAAAGACUAGAUAGAGAAUGGUACGCCUUGGACGAUGGUGAAAACCGCGCAUUUGGCGAUGUCUCUGAAGAAUAUACGCGUAAAAAGGAAAUGGAAUUAGAGGCGAAGAGACAGAAGCGUCUUUCUGCACAGCAGCGACAAAUAAAUAAAGAUAACGAGUUGUGGGAACGUAAUAGAAUGUUAACGUCGGGUGUUGUAAGUUCUUUAGAUCACGACGAUGAUCCUGAUGAUGAAGGGGAAACCAGAGUGCACCUCUUGGUUCAUAAUGUUGUACCACCGUUCUUGGAUGGUCGGAUUGUAUUCACCAAACAACCGGAGCCUGUUGUACCUGUUCGCGAUCCUACUUCCGACAUGGCACUUGUGGCAAGGAAAGGAUCCGCCUUGGUACGAGCAUACCGCGAACAAAAAGAACGGAAAAGGGCGCAAAAGAAGCAUUGGGAACUAGCUGGAACUCAUAUUGGCAAUAUCAUGGGUGUACGCGAUAGAAACAAAGAUGACAAAGAGGAUCCAGGGCAAGAGACUGAUUUUAAAGCCGGUCAAAAAUAUGCACGCCACAUACGAGACGAAGUUACCGGAGAAGCCAAGUACAGAUCCAUUCAACAUCAGAGAAGAAGUCUUCCAGUGUUUGCUGUACGACAAGAGUUGUUAAACGUAAUCAGAGAAAACAGCGUAGUAGUUAUUGUCGGAGAAACUGGCAGUGGAAAGACAACACAGUUAACGCAAUACCUUCAUGAAGAUGGUUAUAGUCGCUAUGGCAUAAUUGGAUGUACGCAACCUAGACGCGUGGCAGCUAUGUCUGUAGCGAAAAGAGUUUCUGACGAAAUGGCUACUACUCUAGGAGAUAAAGUUGGUUAUGCCAUUCGUUUCGAGGAUUGCACUUCAAAAGAUACUGUUAUUAAAUACAUGACUGACGGUAUUUUAUUAAGAGAAAGUUUAAGGGAAGGAGAUUUAGAUCGAUACAGCGUAAUUAUUAUGGACGAAGCUCAUGAAAGAUCUUUAUCUACUGACGUCUUAUUUGGUCUAUUGAGAGAGGUUGUUGCCAGACGACACGAUCUGAAGUUAAUUGUAACGUCUGCCACGAUGGAUUCCAGCAAAUUUUCGGCAUUUUUUGGAAAUGCAGCGACAUUCCAAAUUCCAGGUCGUACAUUUCCAGUUGAAGUGUUACACGCUAAAAAUCCAGUGGAGGACUAUGUCGACGCUGCAGUAAAACAGGUGUUACAAAUACACUUGCAACCCCGUUCAGGCGACGUAUUGGUCUUCAUGCCCGGUCAGGAAGACAUCGAAGUUACUUGCGAGGCUUUGAAAGAACGUUUAGCGGAAAUUGAAUCAGCUCCUCCGCUUUCCAUUUUACCGAUUUACUCGCAACUACCUUCGGACUUGCAGGCUAAAAUUUUCCAACGUUCGGAGGGUGGUUUACGGAAAUGCGUUGUCGCGACGAACAUAGCUGAAACUUCGUUAACUGUUGACGGAAUUGUGUUCGUUGUGGACUCCGGUUACUGUAAAUUGAAAGUCUACAACCCACGGAUCGGUAUGGAUGCUUUACAAGUGUAUCCAGUGUCCAGAGCUAAUGCUGAUCAAAGGGCGGGAAGAGCAGGACGUACUGGUCCUGGUACCUGUUACAGACUGUACACACGGAGGCAGUAUUUGGAUGAAUUACUGUUAACUGGAGUUCCAGAAAUACAACGAACCAAUCUAGCAAAUACCGUGUUGUUACUGAAGUCGUUGGGUGUUCAAGAUUUAUUAGCCUUUCACUUCAUGGAUCCUCCGCCGCAAGAUAAUAUAUUAAAUUCGCUCUAUCAGUUGUGGAUUUUGGGCGCGUUAGAUCAUACAGGACGUUUAACGCCUUUGGGACGACAAAUGGCUGAAUUUCCAUUGGAUCCACCACAGUGUCAGAUGCUCAUUGUCGCUUCUCAACUUGGUUGCACUGCGGAUAUACUCAUCAUAGUUUCCAUGCUGUCGGUGCCUUCGAUAUUCUAUCGACCCAAGGGUCGCGAAGAAGAUUCUGACUCAGCCAGAGAGAAGUUCCAAGUACCAGAGUCUGAUCAUUUGACGUAUCUAAAUGUGUACAAUCAGUGGAAGGCGAACGGGUAUUCAAGUUCCUGGUGUAACGAUCAUUUCAUUCAUGCGAAAGCAAUGCGAAAGGUAAGAGAAGUUCGACAGCAGCUUGAAGAGAUUCUGAAACAACAGAAGAUGGAAGUUGUGAGUUGCGGCACCGAUUGGGAUAUUGUACGAAAGUGUAUCUGUUCGGCGUACUUCCACCAAGCAGCUCGUUUAAAAGGUAUCGGCGAAUACGUGAAUUGUCGUACUGGAAUGCCUUGCCAUCUUCAUCCAACGUCGGCUUUGUUCGGUAUGGGCUUCACGCCAGAUUAUGUGGUAUAUCACGAACUUGUAAUGACUGCCAAAGAAUACAUGCAGUGUGUAACUGCCGUUGAUGGCCACUGGCUGGCGGAAUUGGGUCCUAUGUUCUUCAGCGUAAAAGAGACUGGACGAAGCGGACGAGCAAAGAGACGACAAGCUAUGCAACAUUUACAUGAAAUGGAAGGACAAAUGAAAGAAGCUGAAGAAGAAAUGAAGGCUCGAGCCCAGGAACAACUCGAACGUGAACAAGCUUCAAUCAGGAAGAAAGAAAUAUUGACGCCAGGUAUCAGAGAACCAGGGACACCUGCCCCUUACCGCAAAACUCCAGGCAGAUUAGGAUUGUAAUUAAGACAUGUAAAUAAUUAAGAUUUUUAACAUGAAAUUAGUCAAACGUGUUGUUACAAGAUACAAAUAAGUUGAUAUAAUAGUAAAAAAUGUUUCGACCCUUUCACCUAAUUACCAAUUACAUGACUUACGCAUUGUCAUAAAUGUAUGAAUUUGUAAUAGAAAUUAUUGUACUAAUUUGUAAAGAGACAGUACCUGACUAAUUUCAAAAUAUUUCUAUCUCCUUUUGUAUCUAUCUUAAACUGCGGAUGUAUGUACAUGAACUAUAUACAGCAAUAUUUUUACUUUCCUGAUAUGUAAGUUGCAUCAAAAUAAUGUAAAAUUUGUUCUAGGAUAUAUAUGAAUGAUGUAAAAUUUGGAAAGAAAUACAAGAUUUUUUGUAUUAAUAUGUUGUAUU